CGUUGAAAGUACCCGCGUUAUAACGACCAAGAGAAAUCUAACAAAUCAAGCGCCCCUUAGUACUUAACUGUAAGACUGCAACUCUCUAAAACAACCUAAAUGAGCUCUUACUUUGUAAACUCGUUCUCGGGGCGCUACCCAAAUGGCCCCGACUAUCAACUGCUAAAUUAUGGAGCCAGCAGCGGCGCAAUGAACGGCGGGACGUACAGGGACUCUUCCUCCGCCACAAUGCACCAUGCGACGGGCUCUUAUGGCUACAGCUACAAUGGCAUGGACCUGACCGUCACCAACGGGGAGGGGGGGAGCAGCAGCGCCGCCAGCGCCGGAGGACACUUCGGGGGCGGCUCAGUCGUCGGGGACUCCCGGGGCUUCGGCUCCCCGGCCCCGGAGAGGGGCUUCAGACAACCGUCCAGCUGCUCCCUUGCCUCUGCGGCAGACUCCCUCCUGUCACCCGGCAGUGGAGACACCAAGCUGGGCGCCCAGAGCUCGUCUCCCCUCUCGGAGCAACCAGGAAGCGGUAAUCUCAGCUCUCCAAACCUGUCCUCCAACUCCUCCGGUGGCGGCGGCGGCGGCGGAGGCGGCACGGCGCAGCGUUUCACGGAGCUGGACGACGCGUCACCAGAGACCGACGAGUUGCACCACAACCGGGACGCCGGCCACGGCAGCAACCCGCCCUCCAGGGCCGGACACCCGCAGACCCUACAGAAGCAGGAGGGCUGCGCGGCGGGAUCAGCCGCUGGCAGCACGACGGGCAGCGAGGCUCAGACACCACAGAUAUUCCCCUGGAUGAGAAAGCUGCACAUUAGCCAUGAUAUGACGGGCCCCGACGGGAAACGGGCGCGGACGGCGUACACCCGCUACCAGACGCUCGAGCUGGAAAAGGAGUUCCACUUCAACCGGUACCUCACGCGACGGCGGCGGAUCGAGAUCGCGCACGCGCUCUGCCUCACGGAGCGGCAGAUCAAGAUCUGGUUCCAGAACCGGAGGAUGAAGUGGAAGAAGGACAACAAACUGAAAAGCAUGACCCUCGCCACUGCCGGCAGCGCCUUCCAACCCUGAACACGAACCCAUUCAAGAAAAAAGAUACAUAUAUAUAUAUAAAAAUAAUAAUCCAUCCGUCCAUCUCUUUGGUAAAGGUUACCACCACGCACAGGCCUCCGAGGAGAGUACCAAGAGACAAAAACAGCAGGACAGAAAAUGAAGAAAAAGAAAACACAGAAAAACAACAGAAGAAGCCAGUGGAGAGUGGGGGGAAAAGGAAGAAGCAGAAGAAGAAGAAGAAGAGGUGAUGAAGAAAUAUGUUUAUCACAAACAGAUUCCAGAUCUAGAUUUAAAAAAAAAAAAAAAACUUCCUACUAUCAAUCGAGUACUGUACAACAGCGCAGCACUUUUUAUUUGUUCGGCAUGUUGAUCUUUGGUGUUUUAGGGCAAUGUAAAAAAAAUGACUGUGGUACUUGCUCUUGUAAAAAAAAAAAAAAAGAAAAAGAAGAAAAAGAAAAACAGAAAAACUUAGUAUUCCUCUA